GACGACGCUCAACAUGAACGACUGUUUGCACACCUCGGCGGAAAACUUAUCUAAACUAGUGAAAUGGGCCCACAGCCAUGGAACUAUCUGCGCACUCAUCCCCAACCUGAAGCACUUGCUUACGGAAGGGGCCCAUGGCAGCCUCACCGCACUUUGGGGUUGCAAUGCUGGUCAUGCGUACCACUGGCCCUUAAUGAGCUCCUGUAAAACAACCCACAAGGAGCGAAUGUUAUACCAGAGUAGCCGAGGGAUCAGUUCGGACACUCUUCUACAGAGUGCCACGGCCAUGCAGAGCAGCUCGGCAGAAAGGUUUCUGGGUAGCGGGGCCAAGAAUAAAGGUGACUCCAACCAGACCCAAGACUCCUGUGACUUCUCCAACUGUAGCGAACCGUCUGAAAUGGACGACAAUGCGGAGGAGUACAACAACCACCUGUUUGACAUUGUCUGUGAGUCUUCUGCCACGGAUGAAGAGGGAGACUCUGAGCCAAGGGCCACUGACAGGAAAAGGGGCCCCAAAGGGCCAGUGUCCGGAGACUGUGGGGAUACUGGAGCGAAGAAGAUCAAGCAAGAGAGAGCUGAAGACUAUUACACCGUAGCUAACGCCCAAAUCCCAGGUGGUUCGGAGGGUCCUCAGCCUUGUAGUGGGGUGUCCCACUCACCCAGACCGAAUUCUCAGACUAGACCCUCGUCCAUAUCAUCAGCCCAUCACAGGCCCUCCUCUAUGGAUGGGGAUUCAGUGGGAGUAUCUUCAUCACCACUGGAAAACACUUCGCCAUCUGUGGCCAAACCACCGCAUGCUCCUGUAAGCGGUUCCCAGAGCAGAACGCACAUGAACUCAAACCCAGCAGCCAGUCACAGUGCAGCAUCCACGAGCCGACCUGGAAAGAGUGACCUGGUGGAAAGCCUUCCCAACGGCGACUUUGAGAUAUCAUUUGGAGAUACAUCGGUCACGGGUAACCCCGAGAUGGACAUUCUAGCAGAACAAGCUCUCGGCGCAGAAGCUAAAGGGGACGGCACAGGCUGCUUGGCUCCUUCCACUCUGAACUCAGAUGAACACUUCUGGCCUUCCACAUCAGAGUUUUCCCCAAAUGCUGAGAGGCAUUCUGAAGAUAGAAAAGAGCUUGAGGAAUUCAUCACAACCAUUGAUCCUAUAACAUUGCAAAACCUUCAGGCAGUCAUCUCCCGGGUCCUCGUAAUUCAUGAGAGAUCUCGUGUCCCGGAGGCCAGUCCGCCCAGGCUCGGGGUACAGGAACUCUUUCCAGGCUGUGGACUCUACCUGCCCACGUCAAAACUGGCCACCAUGCACCAGGAGUCCAGGCAGGACAGCAUGAGGCUUUUUCACCUACUAUUUGAACACUUCUUCAGUGAGGAAGACCUUAUUGGGGCUGUGGCUUUUGGGAAGAGGGGCAAAGUGCCUGAUGGAAAAAAAAUCCUGGACAGAAGAACCGUGGAUGGGAUCAUAGCUUAUGUCCUGCAUUGCUCCAGUUUGGAAGGAUGGACAUCUGUGGAGUCAGCCAAGCUGAAGAAAGCCUGCAUCAACAAAUGCAGGUUGAGAAUUGGUCAGAGGAAAAAACUAGCACAAAAGUCAUAUCUUUUCCACAGUUCGCAGAAGUCGGGGCCUUCGUAUAUGUGAGACUAUUUGGAGAUCCCCCAGCCUCUUCAGUCACAACUCUCCAUUGUAUUAGUGUGAUCAGUGUUAUUGUUGCUGAUAUUUUGUAAAUGUACAGGGACCAAACAAAGUACUGAUUUUGUUUUCUUGGUCACUGGUUAGACCAGGCAGGUCCUUGUUUGCUGCCUUUUAAAGAUGCAGUCAGAACGAUUUUUAAAACUUUUCAGUAGCAGUGAAAAGUCACAGAAAAAACUGUAUCUAAGAAUUGACAAGACCAAUGUUUGGUAUUGACACUCCUGUUGUUUCUAAAUCGUCUCUUCAGAACUCCCACUACUAGCUUACCAGCUGACAGUUGCAACUUUCAGUGUAGAAUUCAUGUAGGAGCUUUUUAUGACAAAAACAUGCAGUAUAUGUGGUCAGUUCCCAGCGACUAUGCUGUGCCUGAUACACAUAUACCCCCACUGCAACACCCACUAACAUGUCAUUGUCAUGUCAGUAUAUCUGUUGUGUUGAGAAUGAUCCAGGAUUCAAAGAAUAUCUGUCUGGUCAGCAGUGGUCCUGUGGUGGUCCCUUUCCAUUGAUGGACAGGGUAGAUAAACUGUGCAGCAACAUAUUGGCUACAGACCAUAAUGGAAAACCUAUUAAGUGGAACUAUAUAGUAGGUGUUUCUGAAAAAUGGCCAGUGAGAGUAGGCACAAUGUUCAAGAUAAGGUGCAGUUCAAGUAGUUAAGUGGUUUCAGGUUCACUGAGUCCGCACUGGAGCUGGCCGAUGUAUAAAAUAUUUUUGAUAUAUUUGAGAAAGUAAAUGAGGCAACAUUGUGAACAACACAUGAUCUUAAUGAGCAUUGUAUUAGGCAGCGACUGCAUAAAAGAGACUUUCUUGUCUUAGAAGUUUGAGUAUGUUAAGCCUCGCUAGUGCAGUGGCAAGUUUAAGAAAAGUGGUUGGAUAGCAUUUGCAACUCACGGCCUACAUAAUGAUUUGAUCAUUUUUUUUAAUGACUUCCCUAAUGAGGUAGCUGAUUUCGUUUGGCAGCUACCAAAAGUGAGGCUGAAAAGCUAAAGGCUGCAAAGUUUUGGCUCAGUUCAGUAGGUUUAGAUACAUACUCAUUAUGUUUAAUCUUGACGUGACUGCAUAAAUUAUUUGACGUCAAAGCUACAUCUGAUGAGAGCAGACAACAGAGCGGUAGGUGUUUGUUUUCAGUUCUCACACGUGAAGUCUAGCACUAAGUACUCGCUUUGGUUAAUGCUUGUUUUUUUUUCUGUCCAAGUUACGGUGGCCACUUCACUUAUAGAUGGUUUUUUGAAAGACCCUGAUUUUAACCAUUUUCAAUGAUGGAUGCGAUCAAAAAGUGGAACGUUCUACAUUGACUUGCACUGAAAAUAUAAACAUAACUACCUAGUAUAUUCCCAGACCAGUCAGUGAGCGCAACAUGAACGUUAUAUUUUUGCUAAUGAUGAUUAUAGCAAUAUUUGUCAUACUUAAAUUUACAGUUAGUUGAAUGUCUAAAUUGUUAUAAAUUUUGGUGUUAAGGAAAAAAAGCUCCCUAGCAGUACCACCAGGGCCCACUGGAUGAAAACCACUAGUAAAAAACAUGCCUUCAGUGUCUGUUUGAUUGCCCCAUCCAGGCAAGACUCGCUCCUGAAGUUGCAUUUGUUUACAGUUGUGAGUCACGGAGACAGGGAGACAGGGAGGGUGAAGGUUUAGUACAGUACUAAAAAAGCCACCAGAGUCCUUUGCAGUACCAAUAGUGCGUGAAACUGGUACAAAACAAAUUUAUAUACUAUUAAUCUUGUUCAUUUAGGGUGUUUUUCCACUGCACAAUCAAAAACAAGUUCUGGCCCAAAUGGAAACCAACAGGAACUUAUGGUUGUAGUUUUACUUUGUUUUCCACUUGUUCGAGAGACAACUAGAUCUAUCUUGCUAGCUAAUUAGCCUAACUUACUGGCUGAUAUGAAGCGAUAUAUUGCACUGUUCUGUGCUCACACACUCGCACAAAUGUCCACAUUUACACAGAAUUGUGUGUAGAGUCAAGCAAAGCCUUAUUUUUUUUCUCUUUAGAAUGUGACUUGAAGCAUCAGCCUUCUUGUUUUCUAUAGCUUAACACUAUUUUUGCUGACAGGAAAUAGUACAGUGUGCUGCUCAAUGCUUAACCACUCACAUGUCAACAGUCACACAGAAUAUCAGGUGGUCAAAUGUGAGCACUUGUUCUGUGGUGGCUAGCAUAAAUGCUAAUAGCUUUAGCUUUGAAGUAGCUUUAGCAAACAGUACUAACAAAGCAAUAAUGAGGUAGUAAUUGUAAAAAUAGCAAUCGCCACAUCAGCAAACUGUUCUAGUUGACAUUCUGGUGCGUGUGUUGGUGAAAUAAUGGUGCUUGGUUACCUGGAAGAGUAAAGAAGUGCUAGUCAUUCAUGCAAGUGUUACCAUUGACUAAGGAGAAAAUCCCUGGGUACCAUUAGGUCUUGUUGGUCUGUCAGCAGGUACCAAAAACCAUAGAACUGGAGCCUGUGGCGCUGGUCUGAUGGCCGGUGGAAAAAGUUCCAGUUUUCUGGUGCCAAAGAUUUCAGUACUUUGUGCAGUGGAAAGAUCCUCUUGUUUUUGUUGUUGUUGUUUUUUUUAGUACUGUAUUUUUAGUACUUAUUGCAGUAAACCUUUUGAAAUAUUUGUUCACAUCCAAAUUUGAAUAUCUCAUUCCAUUAAAGAAAGACUAUAUAGUCCAAAAUAUGGUUCUUCUGAUUGAAGUAAUAUUAUUAAUCUUUGGUGAGAAUGCAUGAAUAUUAAGAUACACCAUCAACACCCAAAGGCUGAAAAAUAUCAUGAUAUCAUUUUUAACCAUAUCGCCCAGCUGUAAUCAGCAUCACAUUAACUCUUCAUCAAACAAAGUGUGUGCAGCAACAUACAGAAAUGCAGGAGUCCAUGCUUGUAUCUGUAGACACCCAUGUUUUCCAUCCUGCUGCACCUGCAUGUGGUCUGAGAUGGCAAGAUGGACCUUGGAAUUUUAUCCUUUUAAUGAUUUCCCCUUUUCAAAUUUAUUUAUUGCCGUACUAUUUAUUUCUGCUUUAGAUAAACCUUUUUAGAGCUUUUGAAGGCUUUUUAAUGCUUUAUAUACAUGCUUGUGUGAACUCUACUGCAGUGUGCAUUGCAUUGCCUGCUCAAAUCAUGAAUGGAUCUCAGCUGCAUCAUUUCCACAGUUUUAGCUGUACAUACGUGUGUGUGUGUGUGUGUGUGUAUAUAUAUAUAUAUAUAUAUAUCAUUUGCUUUGAGAAAUAUAUGUACAAGCAGCUGUAGACUCUAAAGGACGUUGGUGAGUACAUCUGAAGAGACUGAAGACUCAACACUAUGGUAUACUAAUAGUCCAAUAUCACAAAGUAUGUGAAAAAUUCCGUAAUCAUUCACUUUUAUCCCAUAUGAAAAUGAGUGAACUUUGUCCGUGCUGCAAUCUCUAUUUGUUCUCGAUGUGUAAAUAAUUGGUUUUUAUAUUUGAUGCAUCAUGAGUGGUCUGAUUUGUUAUUUUCUAACCAAGGAUUGUAAUAAAAAUAUUAUAGAAAAUAAA